AAUCUCCCAGCUGCCGCUCGCGCUCUUCCUCGCUCCGGCUCCCUCCCAUCGCCCAGUCAGCCGCAAACAUGGCAGCGGCUGCUCGCAGGCUCUACUACGCUGCGGUGGCGGCUCUGACAACGAGGCGGAACGGUCACAGGCAUAAAUAAGAAGGACCGGUCCACUUUUUACCUCCUCCUCUUCCCCCUUCCUCUUCCUCUCCCUCCCGCCUCCACUCAUAAUGUGGAAGCUCAACAAGAGCAGUAAAGUCCUCCUGGAUGAUUCACCAGAGGAAGAAGACAGCCAUCGGCAGGAACCGCCAUCUCCACCAUCGCCAGCAGGCACCUUUUCAGCUCAGACUAAGAACAAGGAUUCAUGUCUUCAGGAUGAAGUAACAUCUUCUGUUUCACAACUCGCAACAAAGGUUCAAGGUGCAGGCUUUCGGGGUUGGAAAGAAGUAACCUCCAUAUUUAAUAAAGAUGAUGAACAACAAUUAUUAACAGGAUGUAGAUCUCCAAAAUCUAAAGGAACAAAUAUGAAACUUAAAGAAGAUUUGAAAUCAGAAAAGAAAGGUGGAUUUUGGGACAGCUUGGUGAUAAAACAGAACAUCCAUUCCAGGAAGCCCGAUGAGAUUGAAGGAUGGGAACCUCCCCAGAUUCCUGCCAGCGACCACCUCAGUGAUGCAGAAAAUACUCUAAGUGACUCUUCAUCUUGGUCAGGCUGGGAAGAUGAAACCAAAGGCUCAACGAAGUACACAAACCUGGCAAGCUCAGGGAAUAGUUCAAGGUGGAGUAUUAAAUCAGCUGGAAGGUUGGUCAGCAUUAGGCGACAAAGCAAAGGUAACCUUACUGAUAACUGGGAAGAACUAGAAUGAUAUAAAGUGUUAGUUAUGACAAAGUAGAGCAUUUCGGCUUCAGUGUAUUCCAUGUUUUUCUGCAAGAAUAGCCAGUCUGAAUCUGGGAUGGGUGCAUGCAUUUCUAGAAUACAUCUAGAAUAUUAUGAACCUGUUCCACAAAUGCUAGCACCAACCCCAGAAUACUUGGAUCCACCCAGUCCAUAGGAAAAAGUGCAAGUUUUGUUCUGUAUGUAUCUGCAAAAGAUGUGGAAUGUUCUAAAUAUUGUUUUAGGUUAGAUGAUUUAUGUAUGUACUUAAACCAAAUCAAAACACUGCAUCUUUUUACAGAACUGCAUUAUUCAAAUUCUUUAAUAGUUGAUUCAUUGGUUUCUUAGACUACUAUUUCCUCACUGAACAAAGUUCAACACCAACUUUGUGCCUAUAAUUUCCACAUUCACACUGUCUUAUCAUCUUGAGUUGCUCUUUAAAAACUGAAAUGAUUGUAUACACUGGUUGAAUAUUGAUUGCAUUAAUGUAAGAUUUAGAUUUCUUGAACUUCAGGUAAAUUUUUUGAAUGCUUUCCCUGUUUUGUGAAAAUGCUAGUUUGUAGCUGAUACCUCAUUGUUCCGGCUUUAUAAUGGUUCUUAAGAUGGACAUUUUGACCUGCCAAAAUUCUGUGUUCUUCUAAAAUACCAAAUCAAACAUGAAGCGCAAGAACACCAAUGUUUUUCUUCUGUUGAAACAUGCCACAGAUGCAUGUUUGCAACAGAAGAAAAACUGUUUUCUUCUGCAUGUUAAUAAUGCUUCUGCAUAUUGUGGUGUUGAACUAUCAUUUAGCUAAAGCAGAAGUACAAUCAUCCUGAAUUAUAUAUCGCAAACACAACUUGGAUGUCAGCCUAAGCACAAAUUCUAUCCUUACAAAAAUAGUUGCAUAUAGUUUGACUCCACUUUGUAGCAAAAAUAGAAGCAAAAACUCCUCAACUGAGCAAAUUUGAGUAAUAUGGAAACUUUUCAGGUUGCUGUUGCUACUCUGCUGAAUCAUUAUAUGUAUUACCAUCAUUGCUGAUAAUAAUAUUGCAUAUUAUGAGGUAUUUUUAGGCUGUUGUAUUAUUUAGAAAACUAAGAAAUCAAGCCUUUCAUAAAGUCCAGCCUAUAAGAAAUGUUAUCACUCAGUUUAUGCACAAUCCUUUUAUAGACUAAUUGUUUUUCAAUCUUUGUCCUUGUAUCCUUUGUCCACAUGAUCCUCUUUAUCUUUGCUGCUAUGUAAGAUUUAAUUGGUUAUGCUCUUUCUUUACAUCUUCAUGGAGACAAACAUUCUGUCUUGGCUAUCUACAAAUGCUUAUUUUAAUUUGCUGUUACACAAUUUGCUAGCUGCUGCUAACUUUUAUUACUAAAGAAGAAUAAUUUUUCACAGUGCAAAGAGAGCAGAAGAAAUGUACUCUUAACCUUAAUGUGGGGGUUCUUUCCCCAACAGGAUAUUUUUAUAUAUACAUUUGUUGAAAAUUGUUCCAUGUAUGCAUUUAGCAUGUUAGAAGACACUGUACUUUUGUAUGCAUAUGUGCCCCCAUGAGAGAAGAAAGAGAUUCAAUGACUUCGUUUGAACAACUUCCUUCAAAUCAACAAGGAAACACAUUAGAUAAAUGUUUUUGGGGUUUUUUUUGCAUUCUUUAUUAUAAGCAUCUUUUCCAGUCUUCUGACUGCUCCAUGUAUGAAGUUCCCUCAAAGACUGGAGAUUAAAACUUGUUAAAAGUUAUUUUACACAUAAUAUGUCCUUGUGAACGGAAUCCAGUAAUUUUGAAUUGGAGAAGACAGUUACAGUUAAAUGAGAAGCUACCAAAGAGCCAUUGCUCAGCUAACUACUAGUACUACUGAUUUCAAAAAUGAAGAAAAUAUUAAAAGUGCCUUGAAUUAUAAUCGUUUGUUAUAGAAAUGUUUGGUUAGAAAAAUUUACUGUUUUCUUCCUCAUCCUUACAAAACUUUGAUUAUUAUUUGAUUUCAGGUUCUGCAAAAUGAGUAUCUAAUCGAGGAUGGUAGCAUAUUUCUUGCCUCUUAGUUACCAAUCCUUACUUGAAACCGAUAUUGAGCAUGCAUGCCACUGCUUAUAGAAUGGGCUGUUUAGCAAUAUAGAAACUAAAAAUUUACAUUCAAAAUUUCUUUUUUAAGAAUCAGGUUUUUUUAUAGGACUGUUUUAUAACUAUGCAGAACAUUUCCAAGGUAUAAUUCCUCCCUACAGGUAAAAGCUUCAAAUUAUAUUAAAAAAUGAAAUAUCAGUACUACACAGACACAAAUUAUGGCUACAAUCCAGAGAUAUGAUAUUUCUGAGUUAUACAACAAGAUUUUAUAGCUUUUGUCCACCAUGUCAGUGCUGUCUUACGUCUUUGAGGAUACAGAAUUUUUCCUUGCUGCUCUAUUGCACUUCGAGAUGCCCUUAUGCCAAGCAGUAUCUUGUGAUCAAGUGACUUGCAUGCAGAUUGUAAAAUUGUGGUGGACUAGGCUGCCACAACCAGCCUGAAUCUUGAAUGUGAGCUAUUAACAAAUCCUUUUUUGCUUUUCAUUUUUUUUUCUACUGACAGUUGUAUUUCAAGCUAAUGGCAUCAGUCCUGUGCUGAGGAAUGAUAGACAACAUUUUUUUUUUCUUUUCAAAUACUAAAUUGUAAAAUUGUAGCCUAAAUAUAGUUGCUAUGCAGGAAUGGGAUUUUAUAGUAGCGUUAUAGCUGGACUAAGAAUUUAGAAAAAUAUUUCUUUGCGCAAAUUAAAGCAGAGUAUCCAAACCACUGAGAGUAAAAGUAUAUUAAGACCCCUUUUGAGUUCAGAGAAAACUUUACAAAUAUGCAUAAUCUGUUGAAAGUGAUUUACUGCCUGACUACGUCUAAUGUGUGCCCUUAUUUCUUUAAAUUAAUUGAAAGUAAUUCCAGAAUAUAGCCAUUUUCUUUAUGCAAAGACCUCUUUGGUUUACAAUUUAUGGAAGAUAACCAUAUAAAAGAAGCAAAAGUAUGUUGGCAUUGAGAUGCGACAUAGAAACAAAUCCAGGAGUGAAACUUAAAAGAGUUAAAUAUGUAUUCUUACUUACCAUUUAUCAAAACUUUUUUAUACUGUGACAGAUUGAGGUUCUGCCUUGCAUAUUAUACCUGUCAAGUGCCUGUAUUUCAUCUUGAUGUCAUUUCUGUGAUGUCCAGCUUAAUUCCAUAUUCACAUAUUUGUCCUAUAUUUAUAUAAAGAUGGGUAGAUUUACCAAACUAAAUCCUAUUGUAAAACAAAUUCCACCAUCUGCAUCCUAUGUGUUGACUUAAGCUGUUGCAGUAUUAAUAACGAGUUGUAAUGAUGAAGCUAAUCUACCUGAAAAGCAGAACUGAUAUGGAUGGUUUGGCCCCACUGUUACAAAAGCUGUUCUGUUCAUUGGCCGCAAUCGUGAUUGGCAAUCCUUCAAUACAGCCUUCACAAAACCCAUGGACCACAAGUCAUUCCUCUCUGACCUGCAGUGCAAAUUAUAUAUUGAGUGAUGGCUCGCCAUAGAAACCCUAAAAUGCUAUCAGUUGCUCUGCUGGAUCCUUUUGUGUGCAGUAAUGUGCAAUAUGGUCUAUUUGGUCUUAAUUCUGGAUCCUGUGUGCUUUGGAAGUAGGAAAAAGGUCCAAAGACCAGAUCUAAAGUGAAAAUUUGAGAUAUAUAAGGUAUUGCCUAGUAUAUUAAAGCUAUGGAACUUCUUUUAUAAACACGCACAAAGUCUAUCAAAAGUUGCACAUUAUUACAUUGGUUUCUGUAUGCUUAAUGUCAUCAAAAUUCAUGGGAUAUAAGUGUCCUUCACUAUGGCUGGUUUAUGUCCAUGUUUUCCUAAAGCAGAACUACUUAAUACUUAAAGGCAAUGAUUAAAUUUUAAUAUAAUUUAUUGAUGUGCUUUUGUAGAUUUUUAAAAUAUAAUUUUCCUUGUGAAUAUUUGCUUGACAACUUUUUAUUUGCAUUUUUCAUGUAUCACUACUUUGAUAUGUGUUAGCCUUCCUUUAAACAAUACAUACCCUUUUUCUUUUUGUAACUAUUUGAUUUUAACUAAGGUUUAUUAGUUUUAAAAACAUUGCUUGAAAGUUGCACAAAUGUAAUGAUUCAUACAUUGUUCAUGUUGCCUUUUCACUACAUCUAUGCAUAAUUCUUGGCUUGAAGUCAAUGAAGGUGAAAUGCUUUAUGUGACUUUAAUUAGUCACAAUGCUCAUGUUUCCUUUUCUGUAUUUUAUUAGUUUUACUUAAAAAUAGUAUUUUCACAGAUGAAUAAAAACUUAAUUAAAACCAA